CUCUUCCGAACUGGGAAACAUGUUGUUGUUUUCACGGAUACUGGAACGAGAAGAACCGGAAAUGACGCAUAUUGCGUCUGGACGUAGUCCAUAUGUCCUGACACUACCCCAACGGUAGGGCUGGGCGAAAAAUCGAUCAAAUGAAUUAAUUCGAAUUAUUUUUUGCGGGCGAUUCAUAAAGUAAGUAAAUCGAGUUUUUUGUAAUGGCGCUUUUUGGCCCUCCGGAGGUCCCGUAGCAUCAGGUUCCUCACCCACGAGCGAGCGAUAACACACAAAACAACAGACAGCAAGCGACCACAUGGCGACCGGUGAAGGCGGUGAGAGUGGGAAGUUUGUUCCGAAGAAAGGGAUAAAAUCAUCUGUUGUUUGGAACUGGUAUGGGUUUGCUGCAACAGACAUAAAACAAGAGACCCCACGCUGCAACCUUUGUCUAAAACCCGUCGCAGUCAAAGGCAGCAGCACCACUAACUUGUUUCAACACCUUAAACAGAGGCAUCAAGCCGAACACGAAAAAUGCCAGUCCCUCCGAGACGAACAGAGCCGCAGUGACCAAGAACCGGUGGCUAAAAAACAGCUAACUGUAGCCAAAUCGUUCGCACAGGGGACCGCAUAUGACAAGAAAGGGGCCCGGUGGACUACAAUCACCGACGCGGUCGCUUUGUACAUAGCAAAAGACAUGGUACCCAUAUAUACCGUGGAGAAGACGGGGUUUAUAAAUUUGAUGAAAACAUUGGAUCCCAGGUAUGAGCUACCCAGCCGAAAGUAUUUCAGUGAAGUAGUCUUGCCGCAGCUGUACAGAAACACACGCAAAAAGGUUGGCAGAGAACUGGAGGAGCUGUCCUUUUUUUCGGCAACAACCGACAUGUGGAGCAGUCGAACAAUGCAGCCUUAUAUGAGUUUAACGGUGCAUUUCAUUAACAACGCGUGGGAUUUACGUAGUAUUUCCCUCCAAACGUCAUACUUUCCCGAGGACCACACCGGUGAACUUAUCGCCAAAGGACUGAGAGACGCUCUUGACUGCUGGAACCUGUCUGAGAAUCGUCUCUCCUGCAUGACGACUGACAGCGGGACCAACGUGAUUAAAGCCCUGAAAGUGAACGGAUGGCCAAACCUCCAGUGCUUUGGACACAAACUACACAACGCUAUCGAGAAUGGUGUUAAGGAUCCCCGCAUAGACCGAGCCAUUGGAGUUUGCAAGAAGAUAGUUGCUGCUUUUUCCUACAGUUGGAAGAAAAGAAGAGAGCUGGGUUUAGCUCAGUCAGAGCUGGGCCUCCCCUCUCAUCAGCUUAUAGUAGAACCUCCAACCAGGUGGGGCUCCCGCCAAAAGAUGAUCGAACGAUUCCUGGAACAGGAGAAGGCUAUUGCCCGUGUCCUGGGGUCUGAAGUUAAAAGCCGCCAUCUCGUGCCCUCUUGGCAAGACAUCGAGGUUUUGGAGUCAGUAAACAAGGCGGUUAAAGCACUCCAAGAUUUUACAGAUGCUUUAUCAGGGGAAAUGUAUGUUAGUGUCUCAUACAUCAAGCCUGUUAUCCAUCUGUUCAAAACAAGUCUUUUGCAGCCUGAGGACAACGACACAGAGCUUACCAAAACAAUCAAAAGCAACAUACUGGGAUACCUUGUUAACAAAUACAGCGAUCCUGUCAAAGAUGAACUGCUGGACAUGGCCUCUCUGAUGGAUCCAAGAUUCCGGACAUCCUACAUCGACCCAGACAAGGUGGAGCAAAUCAAAAGAAGAGCUGUCAGUGAACUUCUGUCUUUCCCCACUGACAAAAGCACACCACAGCCUGGUCCAGUUGUGCAGGUGGACCAAGAGGCAAGGCCUCAGCCAAAUCCCAAGAGGAAAAAGACCUUAGCAACUUUCUUCAAGAAGAGUGUGCCAACCCCUGGCCCUGACCAGUCGGAAGAGGCUAAAAUAGAGACUGAACUUGCAACUUAUCUGCUUAUGCCAGAGGUAGAUCCUGACACUGAUCCACUGCAAUGGUGGAAGAGCAACAAAUCAAACUUCUCAAGGCUCAGUCACCUGGCCAAGAAAUACCUCAGUAUCCCUGCAACAAGUGCCCCAUCUGAGAGGCUAUUCAGUGUGGCAGGGGGAGUUGUCACAUGCAGCCGAGCUUGCCUCAAGCCAGAGGCAGUGGACAGGCUGAUUUUCCUUGCCAAAAAUGUGUAAAUGUUAUUGACCGAAAACUUAAGCACAGAUCUCAUGUUCAGCAGCUCAACCAAAAUGUGAUUUUUCUCUCCGGUUUCUACAUUCAGGGACACAAAUCGUUUGUUAAAGUUAUUUUUUUUAACCAAAGUUGGCACUUUAUCAGUUUCAGUUGGAGUUGACUAUUAUUUACUUUGCAAUUUUUGUUUUUGUUUACAUUAGUAUUUUACCCAAGAAAGAAGUUUUGCACUUAUGUUUUUAUUUAAAAUUAUAUGCAAAGUAAAUCAUUUACCGUAAAUGCAAGUUAAAGACAGAUGAUUUUUUUUCUGUUUUUGGAUUUGAAAAGUAAGAUACAUUUAUCCCUGUUAGUUGUCGCACUGUUUGGGUUGGUUUAGUUUUACCUGUAUUUGAAUGUAUUGUUAAUGUUUGAGUAAAUGGUGUUACUCUAAUGGGAAUGUUUGUCUCAUUUCAGUCUAGACAACAGAGUAUGACUCAAAAUACACCUGGCACUUUGAUUCCAAGAGGGUUUUCAGUUAUUCACUAUUCAUCCCUGAAGAGCAUUACACAUUUUGCUUUUGAUUAAAUAAUAGCAAAUGU